AUUGCGAUAUCCGAUAGCUAACCGGUGAGUCUGCGUCGCUUCUCUGGUGAGUGUCAAAGCGGAUCCCCGAAAAGUCCCUUCGGCUCAUCUGCACUCUCAACCAGAAGCUCUGUUGAUUCUGUUCGAACAACCUUUAGUCUCUCUUCCUCUCUCUCUCUUCCCCUCAAACUGUGAUUGUGUCAACACUAUCAAAUCAAGAAUUAAUAGCUGUCCGGUUUUUGUUUUGUUUUGUUUUUUUGGGCCAACUCAGAAACUUUCCUUCAAACCCGCUUUUCUCCGAAUUCGAAUUUUCCUUAUACCCCUUAUUUUUUGUUUGCUUUGCCUUCCAAAUUUUUGAUUCUUUUGUAAGGUUACGAGGGCUAGGGUUUUUUCAUAUUCUCUGAUCCUUUCUGGAGCUGGGUAUUCGACGUCUAGGUAAUUUUGCGAUUGCCUUCUACAAUCUUUUUCUCGGUGCCGUCAAAUUAGGGUUCAGGGUUAGGGUUGGCUUUUCUUCGUUUCGAAUUAGCAGUUGAAGAUGUAUGCUGAUCGUGUGGAGACUGGAGCGAGGAGGUCAGUAAAGGAACGCCUUAAUGGCAAUUUUGUCACUGACUCUACUAGGCCUCGGCAAAUCACCGGAAAGAGGCAGAGACAAGAUGACAAGUGGGAGCAUGAUCUUUUUGAGGAUGACGAACCACGAGUUUCUAAUCGUCAAGUCACUGCUCAAGAUCUUCGUCUGAAGCUUCAGAAAAAGGGUCUUCAGCCAGCUGGUCAGGGUGGAAAGAAUUCUGCUCCAGGUAUGCGUGAUCUACGUGAAAAGUUAUCAGGGACAAUGACUCAACAGCCUAGAAACUCAGAUCCACCAAAGUCAAAAGUGGAAGUUAAAACAAGCACUAAAAGUGUCAUUGUUGAGGCUCCUGCACCACAUGUUAAAAGAGCAGCUAACCCAGCUCCCAAAAAGAAGACUUCGCAAAAGACUGAUACUUCAGUGGAUGAAUUUUUGCAUUCCCUGGGUCUUGAGAAGUAUCUCAUAACUUUUCAAGCUGAAGAAGUUGACAUGACAGCUCUCAUGCACAUGACUGAUGAGGAUCUCAAGGUUAUGGGUAUACCAAUGGGGCCAAGGAAGAAGAUACUUUUAGCUUUAGAGUCAAAGGGUUGACAAUUAGAAUCGGAGUCACAUUUUUUUUCGUUUUGUAGUGUAAUAUUGUUACUUAUAUAGCUCAUGCUUUGUAGGCUUAUGUUUAUACUUGAUUGACAUUGUUUCUAACCACCCUUUGUUUUGGGUUUUUCGUUA